CUUGGAGCAUCUCCAUGGCCUCCUCUGGACUCGCUCCAACAUCUCCACAUCCUUCUGCUAUUGGAGGACUCCAGAACUGGGUCCUGUGAGUCUCUGUGGUCACCUCCUCGCUCAGUAAAGAAAACACAUUUUGCUGUGGGAUGUCACAGCCCCUACGAUCCCAUUCCUGCAGAGCAGAGGAUUUAGGACAUUUUCGGAUUAAUUGAGGUUUUUUAUCCAUGGUUGGUCCUUCUGCCUCUGUGGAAUUGCCAAAUGAACCAUCCUGAAUUCAGUGGGAGAACCACAGAGGAAGAUUUGCUCUCCCAUCCCUGCUUGAAAUACCUUGGAAAAUAAUUCCUACUGGGAAUGACAACAACAUGGAAGCACAGAGAUCAUCCCUCUGGUUUCUCCCUUUCCCAGACACGUGGAUUCAGGAGACAUCUCCUUCCCUUGAGCCUCGCUCCGGAGUCUUGCUGUUAUCAGCAAAAAAAAUGUCUCAUAAACAGCCACAGGAACAUGCAUGGGAAUGUUCCACAUCCGGCGCCGUCGGCUCCUCCCAGGUGGAACAACCCCCACCAGCCCAGCUACACCAGGAGAGGAGCCUUUUCCACCAGGUACCCCCAGCAGGCUCCCAGGAAUUUCCACCCACGCCAGACUCAUUCCUGGAGGAAAAAAUACUCCCUGGUCAACCGGCUGCCGGGAUCGGGUUAUGACGUUGGAAGCGCUUCCAGCACUUCCCGAGGUUUUGGGAGCCUUGGGGACAGCCAAACUCCCGAGCCACUGGAAUCGUCCCUGGAAAGACAUGUGGACUUCACCAUGGAUGGGAACAUCGUCGUGGAUAUCCAGGUGCCACAAAGGGCUGGCCAGGAAAAUGUGGGUCCUUACAGCGAGUUUUCCAGGCGGGAAGCGGCGGUGGCUCCUUCGGCGGAUGGGAAUAUCCAGAAAUCUCUUCUCCAGAAGGAAGAGAGAAGACCUUCCCUAUCCAUUUCCUUCAGUUCCACGUCAAGGACGGUGUGCCUGCCUGGAAGUGGAGCUGGGAGCUCCUUUUCCACCUCUGGAAGCACCAGUGAAAGUGCCGUGGCGCUGAAGUCGGAGCCACAAAAACCUUUGGAAUUGCCAGGUCAGGAGCCAGCCCAGCACUCGGCACGGAUCAAGGCAGAACCCCCCUCUCCAGGGCAGCCGAGUGGUGAGGAAGUCCGGGAUGCUUCCUUACACCCCAAACUCUUUGGGAAUGCUGAGGUGCUCUCUGGACCUGCUCAGAUUGGGGUGGCUCUGGUGAAAAGCAGAUUUCCCGUCAUUCCCAAAGCUCCCGGUCUCCAAAAAGCUGCCUCAGCAUCCAUCUCUGGCAAAUCGCAGAAAUUCAGGAAAAAUAACUACACCUGGGUGGCAAACCCUGGGAAAAACUCUCGGAUCGUGAAGAGGUGGGUGAGCCCUCGAGCCGAAAAUUCCAAGAAGGGCAUCCCAGGAACGGACAAAGGUGCUAAAAUCUCCCCCAAAGCGGAUUUGGGAGCAAAGAUAAAAAAAUUGGGAUUGCAAUCCAAGCUGGGGGUUUCUCCCAGUAAAUAUAAGUGGAAAGCCUCCAGCUUGCAGACUUUGCCUUCCACUUCCAAGUCAGCAUUCCAGUGGAGAUCCGAGGACCAGAAGAAGCCUCCAGCCCCAAAUAUCCCUCGAGCCACCUCCAUCCCGCCGGCUCCGAGCACGGCGUCCGUUGUUCCCGGUGGGAUGAAAUCCUUUGGAGAGGCUGCGCUGUCCAGUUACAAAGUGAAGAGCCGGACGAAAAUCAUCAAGAGGAAAGGGAAUGUGGGUUCCCCCACGGAUAAGAAGAACAUCUCCCCCACCACAGCUCUGAAGAGCCGCUUCCACCUCCGGAGGAAAAAUUCCGUGCGUGGAAAACCUUCGGUGACGCCGAAACGCUCCUCGCCCCGGGGCCUGGUGCAGAUUUCCAAGCACAGGCUCUGCCGGAUGCCGGCGACCAGGACACAGGUGGCCACCAAGGAAGGAUCCAACUUCCACUUCGUAAGGAGCCCCCCAGCCAACAAGGUGAUAAAGACGCGUUAUAGGAUCGUGAAGAAGAACGUGGUGUCUCCAGCCUUAUCAUCCUUCACCAGCCCCAUUCCCACCUGGAAGACCAGGCGCCCCAUGACAUCCAGGUCCCCGUUGUUAAACCAAACCCGACCCUCACUCCAAGGUGGCAAAUCCCAGCUCGUCCAACAGCACUGGAGGAGCAAAGGCUUCUGCUGCAUCGGCGGGGUCAUGUACCGGGUGUCGGCCAACAAACUCUCCAAAACUUCCAGCGGCCCUGUCCGGGUCAGGGACCUGAGCACCAAAACUCCCAUCAGAGCAGCAUUGAGAUUGCACUCCACACCCAGUCCUGGGAUCUCUCCACCUGGCCUGAGCAGAUCCUCAACAUGCCGAUACAUUGCCAGCCGUGCUGUGCAGAGGAGCUUGGCCAUCAUCCGUCAAGCCAAGCAGAAGAAAAAAAAGAAGGAAUAUUGUAUGUACUACAACCGCUUCGGGAAGUGCAAUCGAGGCGAGAACUGCCCCUACAUCCACGAUCCAGAGAAAGUGGCCGUCUGCACCAGGUUUCUCCGUGGCACGUGCAAGAAGACGGAUGGGACCUGUCCGUUUUCCCACAAGGUGUCCAAGGACAAGAUGCCGGUGUGUUCCUACUACUUGAAGGGGAUCUGCAGCAACAGCAACUGCCCCUACAGCCACGUCUACGUGUCCAGGAAGGCAGAAGUGUGCCAGGAUUUCCUCAAAGGAUAUUGUCCCAUGGGAGAAAAGUGCAAGAAGAAGCACACGCUGGUUUGUCCCGACUUUGCCAAGAAAGGCGUCUGUCCCAAGGGUGUGCGGUGCAAACUCCUGCACCCCCAGAAGAGACGUCACCCACAGCAGGUUGGAGAUGAUGGAGACCACAACAACCCCCCUUCCAAGUGGAGACGGAUCCAGGAGGUGUCGGGCAGGAAUGAUCCAGCUCAUCUCCAGGAUGAUGGGGAAAUUCCCGGACCCUCCAGUGCGGAGCAAGAGGUGAAGUUUUUGAAAGAGGAGGACCCCAAGCCAAGCAGCUGCCUGCAAAAGCUGCCAUCCUUCAUCUCCCUCCGAUCCCCGGAAUCUCCCAGUUCCCAGGGCUGCAAAGGGGAGAGGGAUGAGGACGAGCCAGAGGAUGAGCCAGGCAGCGCCAAACGGAGGAGGAUUUUGCCAAGGUCAUCCCUGCAGGAUUCCGAGAACCCCCGUGUGGCGGGUGGCAGAGGCAAACGGCUGCAGAUCAAGCCCCGGCUGUGAGUCAAUCCCGAUCCCGUGGCAGCCGACCAGCUCAGGAACCGGAGAGCCAGGGAAAGACCUGGCACCUACCUCAGGAUGCCAUGUCCAGGCAUGGCACCCCCUCCUCCUCUUGCUUUUCCGGGACGUCGUUUGGACGCGGAGUCGUGUGGCAGCGUGGGAAUACACCACUCAUUCCUGCAGGGAAGCAGCUUUGUUUGGAAUCUUUGAAUUGACCAAUAAAUGACCUUUUCAGCUGGUUUGUUGAAGGCAAGUCCUGCCACCUCUUUGGAUGCUUGUGGGGCUGGGAAGAGCUUCCCAUCCGCAUCCAUGCUCCGGUGCUGUCCUGGCCACGAGGUGACAGGGGGACCUGAGGUGGUUUAACGCCAUCAGGUGACAUUCCCACAUCCAGGUCAGGAUGAACUGGGGACAAGUCACCGUGCUGGGAUGUAAUGGGUGUAAAGCCCCCACAGCCCUGAUCCCUCCAUUCCAAGAGCCCAUCCUGCUCCAUCCCCUUGCUUUUGGGAGGAAAUUUCUUGGAGCUGAGAGCAUCCCGCAUGGAAAUGUGUUGGGAGCAGUGCUGAGCUCACACUCUGCAUUUUGGGGUCUCCCAUGGCCCGACCCCCACCUCUCUCUAUCUCCGUGGGGGUUUGGGCUCCAUUGGGAAACCCAAACCAGCUCUCCAGGGUUUUGGGUUUUUUGGGACUCUCCAAAUCCAAGCAGGAGCAGAGUGAAGGGAGAGCAUUAUGCCACUGGAACAAUGGGGUUUUGCAUCCAUAGGUACAAUUUCCAAGGGAUUUUGGGGUGGCAGGUGCUGUUCCCCCACACGGAUGAGAUUUUGGGAACAGCUCCCUUUGCCAAGAAGUGCUGAGAGCUGGGACAGGCAUGCGGGGUGGUGGGAUUUGCUUAUCCACUGCCCCUCAGGCAAAAUCCCAUGGGGAAGAGGCAUCAGCAGGGAUUUGGGAAGAGCUGGGGCUCCCUGGAGAUGCGGCAUCCAGGUGUGAUCAGAGAUGGGGUGGGAAACGCCAACGGGCAGUGGCUUUGCCCCCCAAACAGGACCCCACAGGGGGUUUCCCUUCCCCAAGUGACCCCCAUGGAGGGGUUUUGUCACCAUCCCAAAUCCACAACACCCCCCAGGUGCUGGAGGACCAGUGGGUCCCCACCCUGGGAUGUCACUUGUGCCCCAGGGUGUGUCCAACGAGUUGAUUUUUAAUAAAAAACGUCGUGUUUUUCGUUGGUAUUAAAAUGUCUUUUGUUAACUCCUGUGUUUUGAUAUGUAAAUAAAGAGAUUCCUCCCCUGGGACGGAGGAGCCUCCC